AUGUCGUUUGCAACAUCCAAACAGAAACCCAGCCCUGCGGUUCCGCGGCCCAGUUCUAGCGUCAUCCUGGUAUCGCCCAGAAACGAGAUCCUCCUGCUUCACCGUGUCAAAACCUCGACCUCAUUUGCCUCCGCCCAUGUAUUCCCUGGAGGCAACCUCUCCGCUCAAGAUGGGCAAUGCCCACCCGCUGAGGAUCAAGAGCGCCACGACGACGGUCCCUGGUACCGCAACGCAGCGAUUCGAGAGCUCUUCGAGGAGAGUGGCAUUCUCCUCGCAAAGGAUAAUGUCUCCGGCAAGAUGAUCUCCGUCCCCGAAGAACAACGCGAACCGGGUCGACGCGCGAUCCAUCAGAACCAGACCACUUUUUUAGAGUGGUUGAGGCAGCAGAGUCUCAAUGCGGUGCCGGAUACAGAUGGACUGAUCCCAUUUACUCGAUGGAUCACCCCAACUACCAACACCCGACGAUAUACGACGCAGAUGUACCUGUACUUCCUUCCACUUCCUGCGGAGGCUGAGAAGCCGGUCCUCGACGAAAUCCCAUCCGAGGGACAGCGGGAGGAAAUUCAAGUUCCGACGAGCGACGGAGGAGUUGAGGUCACAGAGGCUCGAUUCUUGCCUGCCUCGAAAUGGCUGCAGAUGGCGCAAAAGGGAGACAUUAUACUGUUUCCGCCGCAGUUCCUUCUGCUGCAUCUGGUGGCUGGCUUUCUGGACAAGGAGCCCCGCGUCGCAGCUUCGCUGCAGGAGUUGCGCCGACGGCGGGCGGAGCUUACUGAGUUUGUGAACACCGGUCAGCCGCCUUGGUCGGAGAAGUGUAUCUCCCCGAAGAUGCUGAGGAUGUCCUCUGACGGACGGACGGUGCUGGCGUUGGAUCAGCCGGGUCCCGAACUCAGGGGGACGGAUAAGCAAGGGGAGACGGAACGGGUCGUGCUUGUGAGAUUCAAGCGAGGGGAGGCGCGUGACUUGGAGGUGCGGUGGAAGAAGGAUGCAUUCGAAGGCGAAGCGAGGAGUAAUCUAUGA